CACAUGAUGGCCUUUUUGAUGGAUGUUGGGAAACAGGGAGAAGGCUGUGGUUCAGGUCGUGGCGUCUGUUUUCCACUACAUCGAUGGGGCUUGGGCGCCAAAGGGCAGAUCGUCCAUCGGUCUGUAUCACAACGCGGCGCUCAAUCGAUACCGUGUGGUCGCCUACGACGCUGCCAAGAACGUGACCAUCAACUCGAACAUGUCUGCUGACAUGGUCUACCGCAAGGCCUCUGAGACCUUCCACCAGUGGUCCGACGGGCGUACCAUCUACGGCGUCAACUUUGCAGAUAUCCCGACGGCCGACAAGUUUUUCGCAAACAUGUCGUCGUCGAUCGACGCUCUCAAGUCUUCGCCGCCCGCCGCUGCCUCGCCGGUUACCUCGCCGCAGCCGUCGCCGACGCUAACGCCGACGCCGACGCCGACGCCUGCGCCAAAGCCGGCAUCAGCACCGGCACCGGCGCCCGCUAUUGCGCCUGCCGAUUUGGCUGCCAAGCUCGCCCGCGGCCCGCCGCCUGGCGGCCGCCCGCCGUCGGGUACGGGCGUCAAGCCCGCACCGUCGCCUGACGCCGGAAAUGGUGGCGCUAGCGGUCCACCCGGAGCACGACCCAUGGGUCCACAGCCCGGCGCCAUGGGUGACAUGUCUGAGCUGCAGGCCCGUCUUGCUGCCCGCAAGAACUCCAAACCUAUCACCGAGCCGCCGCCGGCUGGUGCCAAGCCGCCACCGGCUGGUGCCAAGCCGCCGCCGGCUGGUACCAAGCCGCCGCCGGCUGGUGCCAAGCCGCCACCGGCUGGUGCCAAGCCCCCGCCGGCUGGUGCCAAGCCACCGCCGGCUGGUGCCAAGCCGCCACCGGCUGCAUUUGGCGCCGAGCUGCCGGCUGCGCCGCCUCCGGACCCAUCGGCCUUUGCCACCAUCAACUUUGAGGAUAUCGGCGCCAUCCCGAUGGCCCCGCCCGACACUAGCACCGAUGAGCUCCGCGAGCUCAUCCAGGACCUUCGGACUGAGGUCGCCGAUGUCCGCCUGGACCUCCAGAGCUUCAAGUCUGAGAUCACGUCCCUCCUCGCCACUUCGCUCGAGACCAUCCGUGAUGAGAUCAUCUACACCUUGGGUGGCACCCCGCUCGAGCAGCCGCUCGGCCUUACCCCGCUCAAGUAG